UUUAGUUUAGUUUUAAUUGCGCUCGAAAACGGUUGAGUUCCCUCCGCCUGAGUUUGAGCGACUUGUUUUUAAAACCGCGUGCCCAUCUCGAUGUAAAUAAAAUAAACAAGAAACCAAACCAGAUAUUACCCCGUUUGGGCAUCAACGUCAAGACCAGUGAAGAAUUUCGUUCUCAGUGUAAACUGUACCUGAAAAUCCCAAUAAGCCUGCAGGUACCUCCCUCAGCUAUCGUUGCACCCUAAAAGCCAAGGAUGGUUUACCCGGUUGACACAUCGGACGGCAACAACGAGGAACUGGCCCUCGAGGGUCAGGGGAACGGCAGUGGCGGCAGGAACCAGAACAUCAAUGGCCACUCGACUGGCACAGCUGCCAUCGGGCCAAAUGGCGACAACAAAGUCAAUCAGCGCCAAUACGAGCCGCGAGAGCGAUUCAUUAUAACCAAAAACGUGGUUGUGAUAGGCCUGGCCUUCAUGAUACACUUCACAGCCUUCCACGGCACAUCCAACCUGCAGAGUUCGGUGAAUGCGGACAAGGCCCUGGGCACCACCACCCUGGCCGUCAUCUACGGCUCGCUGAUAUUGUCCAACAUCUUUCUGCCCAUGACGGUGAUAAGUUGGUUCGGCUGUCGACUGACCAUGGCCUUGGCCCUCUUCGCCUAUAUGCCGUAUAUAGCCGCCCAGUUUUAUCCCCGGUUCGAGACCCUCAUACCGGCCGCUCUGAUGGUUGGUUUUGGUGGUGGACCGCUGUGGUGCUCCAAGUGCACCUACCUCUCCACCGUCUCCGAGGCCCUCACCCAGGUCCGAGGCAACAAGUCCCGGAAGGAUGUCAACACUGUCAAGUUCUUCGGCCUGUUCUUCAUCUUCUACCAGAUGGCUCAGGUUUGGGGCAAUCUGAUCUCCUCCUCGGUCCUGACGCUAAGUGCCCCGGCCACUCAAUCACCGGCCAAUGAAACUGCCUUGGAACUGGAGCGCAGCAGGGUGGCCGAGCUCUGUGGCGCUCGUUUCUGCCCAGGAGUGGGAGCCGAGGCGAAUCCCAAUCUAGUGCCUCCCGCCCCCGAGCAGAUCCAGCUCCUCAAUUCUAUUUUCCUCGCGUGCAUGGCGGGGGCUGUUGUCAUGAUGAUCUUUGGUGUUAGUUCCCUUAAGCGAUAUGGCGUCAAACGUGGUGACACUGGCGAUGGCCUUUCCGGACUGAAACUACUCACAGUGACCAUAAACCUCCUCCGGAAGCGUCGCCAAAUCCUGAUGCUACCAAUUACAAUGUUCAUUGGCCUGGAGGAGGCGUUCCUGGCCGUGGACUUCACCCGCUCCUUCGUGGCCUGCGGCUGGGGCAUCUCAAGGAUUGGAUUCGCCAUGAUCUGCUUUGGAGUGGCCAACGCAGUGGCUGCCGGAAUAGCCGGGGCUCUGGUAGAGCGCAUAGGCAGAGUCACCCUGGCCGGACUCUGUGCUGUCCUUAAUCUCUGCCUGCUCAUCUACAUGUACCACUGGGAGGCACGAGAGGGCGACUAUCUGCGAUACUGCACCUUUGCGGCAAUUUGGGGCAUCUGCGAUGGCGUCUGGCUGGUUGUGGUUAAUGCUUUCUAUGGUAUCCUGUUUCCGAACCAUCUGAUUGCCGCUUAUAGCAACUUCCGGUUGUGGGAGAGCACGGGUUCGGUUAUUGGCUAUGUUAUCAGCUCGCAGCUCUGUACAUCCACGAAACUGGUUAUCUUGAUGGCCGUAAUGCUAGUGGGCUGUAUAGGCUAUGGCCUUAUCGAGUAUCGCGUUUGGCAAAAACAAAAGAACCUGGAAGCCAUGCUAAGCGACUAGGAAUUUAACAGCUAAGAAACCUUUCUUGCCAUUUAAGCCUUUUUCUUAGAUUUUCUGAAAAGAUGGGAAUUACUACACUUAUUAAAAGUGUUUCCCCUUUGUGAUAUUGCCAAUAAGACAUAAGCCCUUUCCCAAGUCAUAAUAAACACAUCUAUGUUUUAAUUUUUUAAA